AUGAUUGUUCUCGUUAUUGUAGCAUUUUGUGAGUUUCGUCGUCUUAAACAUUUUGAUGUAGGCCAGUCUUGGUUGCUUGACGAUCUUCACACGUGUUAUGAAGGUGUUAUGAGAAAACUAUUAACACUUUGGUUAGAUGUAAAGUAUCGUAUGCAACCAUGGUCAAUACGUUCAAAAUUAGACAAGCUUCAACUUUUGUUAGAUAAUUUACGAAUGCCAAAUACAACUUCUCGUCGCCCACGUCGUAUAGCUAUUUAUAGUAGCUAUAAAGCUAGUGAAUUUAAAGCUAUCGUCCAUUUCGGUUUUUCGGCGUUUCAAACUAUAUUAAAAUCAAAAUAUUAUAAUAAUUUUUUAAAAUUUGUUUAUGCAAUGAAUAUCGGUAAUGGAGAUAAGACGACAAAAGAUGAUGUUUCAGCAGUUGAAUUAUUAAUGAAUGAAUUUGUUUUUGAGUUUGAAAAUUUAUAUACAACACGUCAUUGCAGUUCAAAUAUUCAUUCGAUGCAACAUGCGCAUUUAUCAGUACAAUAUAUCGGUCCGUUUUUUACGUAUUCAACAUUUUUUUUCGAAAGCAUCAACCGGAUUUUGAAAUCUUUGGCUCACGGAACCAUCGAGCAUUCGAAACAAUUGAUCAAAAAUCUUGAGUUAUUUCGUACAUCUAUUAUUCAUUAUGAUUCUCCAAUAUAUCCUCGUCUAUUGUCUAAUUUAUGUGAACAACUAUUGAAUGAAAAAAAAGCAACAGUGAAUAAUACGGUCAAUUUACCUAAACAAUCUCAAUUAACAUAUCAUUCAUAUACUGAUUUUCUCUCUGGGAUAUUCGGUUUGGGUAAUAUAACAUUUUUUGAUACAAUUUAUUAUAAUAAUACUCGUUAUGAAACAAAUAUUCAGCAUUCGCGUAAAACAAAUGAUUCAUGUAUUAUGUUUAAACAAUUGAAUUCAGCUGAGAUGCAUUUAGGUUUUAUUUCAGCUAUCAUAACAGUGGAUAAUAAUAAUGAAAAUAUUUACUUUUUAAUGAACAAAAUAGUAAUAAAGAAUAUGUUUAAAAUUAAACUUUUAAAUCAAACAGAAAUAUUUUUAUCAAAUUCAUCGGUUUGUUUAAUCGAAAAAGAUUCCUUGGUAUUAAUUAGACUAGUGGAUGUUCAACAGAAACUCGUCUUCCGGUUUAUUACUGAAAAACAAUUACAUGUGUUCAAAUAUCCUAAUUUGAAAGAAUCUAGUUAA